AUGGAUACUGAAACAGUCACCAUAUUGCUCGUAGGGGAUGAGAAGUGUGGCAAGACGUCUUUCCUGUCACGCAUCAGUGCUGGCGAGGGAACCGGCCCAGUGACUAUGCUCCGCGACAUUGACCAGCCUUUUAUCUUUGAGAUCAAACUUGGCACACGGCCCUAUCGGCUUGAGUUUUACGACAACAACAGCCCGGACAGCUGGAAACUUCUCGACCCUGAUGUCGUAGUCAUCUGCUAUGACAUAAGCCAGCGACUCAGUCUCAUCAACACGCGCAGAGUGUGGUUGAGAGAGGUCAAGAUGGCCUUCCAGCGAGUUGAUAACCUCCCUAUCCUGGUCCUCGGCCUCAAGCGAGACCUGCGAUCCGAGACCGACCCCAACGGCAUCAUCUUGCCGCAGGAAGCGUACGCGCAAGCGCAGGAGAUGCGCGUCGACAGGUACAUGGAGUGCUCUGCCGUUACAGGUGAGCUCCUGAAGCCGGCGUUUGAAGACAUCUGUUCCACGGCGGUCAAGACGACAUCUGCAGCAGGCGGCCAGAGCGAGGGCGGCUGCACGCUCAUGUGA